AAUUAAGGAAAGAGGUUUCCAACAUCGGAACACCUAUAAACAUUCGAUAUCUACCGUUGCCGGUUGCAGUUGCUCGAUCAGUUUUGUUAGGUGUCGGUGGCAGUGAAGAAGCCAAAUAGUGAAGCAUUUGAUUCAUAAAAGAGAGCUAAAAAUAUGGCCGAGGUUACGAAUGGACAUGCUGAACCAGGAAAUGGAAACAUUCCGGGUUGGCUACCAAACGUCACUUUGGAGAAUGCGGUACGAGCCCAAGUCGGGGACUUUGUGCGUAUUCUUAGUGUAACACCACAGGAGGCCAGUAGCGCUGGCGAGAACUAUUCGGCGCUUAUGCUGCGCUUACAGGUCGAAGUGGAAUUACAGGAUGAAAGCACAAAAACAGUUUCGUUUGUGCUGAAGGCUCAGCAUAGCAACGAAAUCAUGGCAGCUAUACUCAGCAAAUUGAAACUUUUUCACAAGGAGGAUGAAAUGUACCAUUCCAUAUUGCCGAAAUUCGAAAAGUUAUAUGCCGAUGUUGGAAAAUCUGUACAAUUUGCACCAAAAGCUUACAAAUUCGAUCGGGAUAUUGGCGUCGAUUAUGUUUUACUCGAGGACUUGCGUCCCAAGAAUUUCAAAAAUGCCAAUCGCUUAGCGGGUCUGAAUCUGGAACAUAUGUUGCAGGUUCUGGAGAAAUUGGCCGCCUUCCAUGCAGCUUCCGCUUGCUAUGUGGAGCAGAGUGGUCUGUUCGGUGAGGAGUUCACUGUCGGUGUGUUUAGUGAGGCUAAUCGCCAAUUGCUACAAGAAUUUAAUGCUUCUGGCGCUUUUCUGGCACAACUAAAGAAAUGGAAAAAGGCAGAGAAAAUCUAUGAAAAGUUGGCCGACAGUGAUAACUACUUGGUUGAUCGUUUGCUACAAGACCAAAUUUACAAUCCACGCGAGUUCAAUGUACUGAACCACGGCGAUUGCUGGUCCAAUAACAUUAUGUUCCAAUACGACGCCUUUGGCACAAUCAAGCAGACACUCUUUGUGGACUUUCAAGUGGGAAAAUACGGUUCGCCGGCCAAUGAUUUGUAUUAUCUGAUACUUUCAUCGGCCGAGCCAAGCAUCAAGACGACAAAAUUUGAUUACCUGGUGCGCUACUAUUUCGAUCAUUUGGUGGAGAAUUUAAAACUCUUGCAAUACCAUCGUCCGUUGCCAAAGCUAAAGAAUCUGCAUGCCUCUUUGUUCCGCAAUGGCUUGGCAGCCUAUAUGGUAGUCUCUAAAGUGCUGCCCGUUGUGAUGCUCGACAAGACGGAGAAUGCCAAUCUGGAGAGCUAUGUGCAGGAUGAGUCGAAAAUGAAGGCCGCCAUGUUCAACAAUCCGAAAUACGUGCAGGCAAUGGCAGAUAUUUUGCCAUGGUUGGAUAAUCGCGGCCUGCUCGAUUGGAAGUAGUGCUUCAUAAUUAUCUAAUUAUGCCAUUUCCAGUGUGCCAAUUAAGCCUUAUUAUAGUCAUCAAAACAAAAUAUUUAUAUGCGUAUUAAAGUGUCAUUAGCAAUCGCAAACAUUAUAGUAUUCUGAAAUAAAAUUAAUAGCUAUGCUA